AUGGAGUGGGUAAGAGGCAAGACGAUCGGCCAUGGAAGCUUUGCUACCAUAAGUCUAGCACAACCCACAACCCACAACUCAAAUCUUCCGCCAUUAAUGGCGAUCAAAUCAUGUGGCGUGUCUCACUCUUCUUCACUGAUAUACGAAAAACAUAUCUUAACUGAGCUUACCAAUUGCCCGGAGAUCAUUCAUUGCUUCGGCGACUGUUUCACCGUCGAAAAUGGCAUCAAGCUUUACAAUAUUGCAUUGGAGUACGCUUCCGGUGGCGAUUUAUCUUACAAUUUGAAGAUUUUUGGAAACUUCCUGUUGUCGGAAGUCCGGCGAUAUACAAAUUCGAUCUUGAAAGGACUUCAGUUUAUUCACCGGAAUGGGUUUGUUCAUUGCGACAUCAAGCUCCAAAACAUUCUGUUACUCUCCGAAGGUGAUAACGCCGACGUAAAGAUCGCUGAUUUUGGGUUAGCGAAGAAGGUCGCCGGAGAGUCAAAGUCAAAAUACGAAAUUCGAGGCACACCGAUGUACAUGGCGCCGGAGACGGUUGUUAGUGGUGAACAGGAGCCGCCGUCGGAUAUAUGGGCACUUGGUUGUUUGGUGGCGGAGAUGAUCACCGGAAAUCCGGCGUGGUUUUGCUCUGACAUUGGCGCCCUUUUGUUUAAAAUCGGCGUUGGCACAGAAAUCCCGGAGAUUCCUGGGAAUUUAUCAUCUGCAGGAAAAGAUUUUCUUGGGAAGUGUUUCUUGAAAGACCCGACGAAAAGAUGGACGGCUGAGAUGCUUCUGAAUCAUCCUUUUGUAUCGAAGGUAGAAACAGAAGAUUGUAUUUGUAGCCAUUCAAUCUCCCCAAGAGACCCUUUUGACUUUACAGUUUGGGAAUCAGCGGAAUUGUUGGAAAUGACGCAAUUACCAUCACCGGAACUCUCAAAUUUGUUGCCGGUGAUUUUUUCGGCGACCAGAUUACGGCGGCUGACGGUGGAUGAUGGGCCCAACUGGAGUGAUUCAAGCAGGUGGAUGAGAGUAAGAUGA